GCUUAUUUUUUUUUAAACACCUAUUAAAGGUGCUUUAACGGGAACGCAGUUUUAAAAAAAAAGUACUUUUUAUGUACGCGGGUGCAGUGCCGUGUUCGAUUUUUAAAUUUUUGACAGCUGUGUUCAUGUGUGUUUUGCUCUUUCUGUUUUCCUUAAAUUUAAAAAGGAUGCUUGCGUAGAUGAUGAGACGAGCCAUCCGAUAGCAGAAAAUGUCAACACUCCUCACCCAAGCGAUGUACCGUCGCAACUCUGACGCGGAGAAGCCUCUAGAAAUCGACCAGGAUUCGAACCCCGAUCCCUCGAGGUCCAACAGUCCCAAAAACAUGAAGUUCUACAAACAAUUAGACGAGGACAAAACGGUUUUAAACCAACAGAAGAAAUCCUUUUGCAUCGACGCUCUACUGUCCAAGCAUAUUGAGCCAGACCAGACCAUCCAAGAGAAGAUGGCUCAACAGAAAUACCUAGCGCUAAUCCAGAACAAAAGUUACAUAACUAGAUACCAAAAUGAAAAUUAUGACACACAAAUCGAGCAGAACACGAUAGAGAGGUGUCAAAAUCGGCCCGGCAGCGCCGGUUUUGACAGUCCCCGGUCAGGGAGGAGUUCCCCGAGGAGUGCGUCGCCAGGGUCUGAUGAUGGAAAUCGGUCAGAGUGCUACAGCCCCCCCAUUUCACCAGGAGUUGAAGGAGGGAGUGAAGAGUACGACAGCUAUAGACCAGGAAUCAUCCCAAAGCCGGGUCUCCUCCAACCACCGAUGGUAGCGCAGUCCUCGCUCUUCAACUACCCACCCCCCGGUAUGGCGCUGCCGCAAGCUUCCGCCUUCCACCACCCUGGGGACCGGGUGCUUCAUCAGAUGCAGCUGGAGUGGCUCGCCAGGUCCGGGAUGUUCUACCAUAGGAUACCCGAGCUAGGGGGCGCUCCCCAUCCCUUGCUCGGCAAGACCCGGCGCCCGCGCACCGCCUUCACGUCCCAGCAGCUGCUGGAGUUGGAGAAGCAGUUCCGCAUGAACAAAUACCUUUCCAGGCCGAAGAGGUUCGAGGUUGCUACUAGCUUGAUGCUGACUGAGACUCAGGUGAAAAUAUGGUUUCAAAAUAGAAGAAUGAAGUGGAAACGCUCCAAGAAGGCCCAACAGGAUACGAAAGGCAAAGAUCCACACAUCAGUCAUCCUAGCGACGAAAAAAAAACCAAAGACAUCCCACAGUCUGACCACGACAAACAACCUACCCAGCAGAACGUGGCGGCUGAUCUGACAGCUGUCAAACCACCCCCACUGUUAGACAGGGACAGAAUUAUCGCGUUAGAAAGAGAGAGAGCCAUGGCGGCGGCAAACUUUAAUUCAAAUUUGGAAAACAAUAGACGCGGGCUCGUCAUGAGCCAAGAUGGCCGACCUGAUAUGUUCAGGCCGUAUGUAGUAUGAAAAUAAAUUUAUUUUUAUUUCUUAAAGCAUUCUAAAUACCGUUCAACUAGUAAAGAUACUUAAAGAAGCUCUUAGUUUCAAUGACACAUGCCUAUAAAAGUCUAGUCUUUGUUUUAAUUAUGAAAAUAAUAUUAUGUUAAUAUUGUGUAAAAAAUAAGGUUAUAGAUAUUUAAAUACAUAGAUAGAACAUCGCUUAAAUUCAUCGCGUUGAUCGUUCUCGUAGAUUAAAGAUUUACUUAGCUACUUACAAUGGAUAUGCUUUUUCUUUCGUGCCAGAAACAGAUAUACGACGGAGUCACAGUAUUAUUGGGCUGUUAUACCUACUACAGCUAUAUUCCGCAGACGAUAUUUCCUACGCAGAUUCUGAUAUAUGUGCUGUAACACAGAAUACAAUAUGUACAAAUGUAGCGUAAUUGGAUACACAUUAAAGUGUAUUUAUAGCAUGGGUACUGUGACAGUUGUCUUAUGACGUUGAUAAAUCGUCCUAUUGUCGUGAAUUGCGGCAAACUUUCAAGAUUGAAACGAACUGUGACCAUACCCAUGCUAUCUGAAAAACACUAUAGGACUGAAAGUACACCUGAAGACUAACUUUUCAUGGUACUUGCAAAACGUUCCAUAGGCACACCUCGUUCCAUAUACAAUACGUCGAUGUUAUAACUAUCUAUUGUUUAUAUAUCUAUAUUUGUAUUCUUUAGUUAACCGACUUCCAAAACGGAGGAGGUUCUACGGUCGGCUGUAUGUAUGUUUUUUUUUAGUAACAGACAUUAAUUUGGAAUUAGAUUUGCUACUACACUUAUAUUAAAUUACUAGCGGAUCCGCUUAAACUUCGCUUUGACUUAUGUGCACCUAUCCCUACCCUACCCCUACCCUACCCCUACCCUACUCCUGCAUUCAUUUGUUACAAAAAAUGUGCUAAAAAAAGAACCGCUCGACCGAUUUUGUGCAAACUUCACAUAAAAGAUAUAAUAAAUAGAAAUUCGAACAAAGCCUAAACACUUAUGUUUGGAUAGGUUGGCCCGUUCUUGAGUUAUAAAACUACAACGAAAAGUGACAUUGAUUUUUAUAUAUAUUGAUGAGUUAUUACUUAUUAGUCAAGUAAUUAUAUUUUACUACGGAUUAUAAAUUAAUUUAAGUGGGUAAAUGUAAAUAAUAACUUAGUAUUUAACUGAAAACACUUGAUCGUCUAAGUACCUAAUAAUGUUAUUUUUUCUGUAUAUAAACAUAAACGAAAUUUUGACGUCUGUACAUUAAAUAAGAUUAAUUAAAUAUUGACACAAAAAGAAACACGAUUAUUUUUAAUGUUUUGUUUGUCUCAUAAUUAUUCCUAACUUCGUCACUAAACGGAUUUUGUUUGUCACUCAUAACUGUCAACGUAACUUUUUUUUCUGUCUAAAUUAGCCAAUGUCAAGUAGCUCAAAAUUCACAAUUUUUAGGGGAUUUGACAACGACGUAACUAAGAGGUUUCCUUAUGAUCAUACGUUUAGAAAUUUUGAAUGAAUUCCAUGCGGACUAAGCAAGAUAAUUUAAACUAAAUUAAUUGGAAUUUUAAACAUUUUAUUUUUUAAUAUCGUCACAUAGUUUAGGUUUAUUUGUGUUCACUAGUUAUAUUGUUUUUAACUACUUUUUUAGAGCAUUUAUUAUUUUUAAUUAUGGCAAAUAAUUUUCUUUGUAAAUAUUGAAUUUUAUUAGUAAUACAUAUUUCAUUCGAACUGAUGCAGGCCAAAUAUAGUGUAAUAUUAAAAUAGAUAUACUUACCAAUAAUAUUUAUACCUUAGAAUGUUAAAUAUAUUUUUAAGUAGGUACGAUAAAUUAAUUAUAUUAAAUGUAUUUGUAGAAAUUUUUAAGUACUGACUACUAUAAUAUAAGCACUUGAAAAUAAAAAAAAAAUGUUGUCUACGCAUACAUAAGGAGGUCUAUUUUUAAAAUUAGUUUUUAUUUAUUUAUAUUAAUUUCUUGACAUCUACAAAUCAGUAUUAAAUUGUAGGUUUUAAUUACCCCUAUAUGUAUUUUAAUUAUAAUAUUAUGUAUUCUGCUAUAGCUUGGCAAAUUCGUUCGUAACACUCUCGAUGGUCCGCGCGGGCCGGGGCGCGUGUAGCGAUGAAUGAAAAACCCACGACUGUACACCUCACUUCCCCGCACGCACGAUUUCACACCUGCGCAGUCUUCCCCCCGUCGUCCGCAUAUCAUGGAAGUGUCAUCAACGAACUUGCCAAGCUAUAAUGUACCUAAUGAUUUUCUCGAAUUCAUGAUGACUCUGAACAGUGGCGUAGCUGGGUAAGCAAGGGCCCUGGUGCAAAUGAAAUGGGCCCCACUACCAUCUUAACUGGUUAGGUUUUACUCGUAUCAAGUAAAAAUAUUCAUCAGCUCUUUCUCGUUUUUGAUUUUUUUUAAGUUCAGUUCGAUCAAGAUUUUCUGGAAAAGAUUACAGGCCCCCCUGAGCUUGAGGGCCCCAGGGCAUUGCACCGCCUAACCCCUGGGUAGCUACGCCAUUGACUCGGAAAUUACCUAAUAUCUAGAGAAAACAAAAUUUAAAAAAAAAAACGAAAUUUGCUUUAGUCUGAGGCCAGCAAAUUCGAAUAAGACAAUAAUAGAAAUUGCUGGAAAAUACAUAAUCGUACGUGUUUAUCAUACUACAUUCCUUAUUUAGGUACGUUCUGUUAAACAUAAAUAAUGUAAAUCUACAAAAUGAAAAAAAUCCAAUAAUUUGUCAAGACAAUUAUUGCAAGUUUUAUUAGAGUAAAUAUUUAAUUUUAUUAAGAUAUAUAUGAGCAAUCGAAUAGGCAAUAUUUUAAGUAUUUAUAUGUACAUGUACCUAUAAGAGUUUGUAUUGUAUUUAGCUAUCAAAUCGUAAAA